ACGCGAUCGAGAUCUUGCGGGUUACGGUACGAAUUUUGUUGUGAAUUUUCUCGUUUAUGGGGCGUGUUAUAUACGAUUAUUGUGAAUAAGAAGAAGAAGAAGACUGAUUCAAUAUGCCAUCUGCAUCAGAACCCGGCGCUGAGACGGCAAACGAACCCAAAACUAAUAUAAACCCAAGCUCAGAGUCAGAAGAUAUUAUUAUUAAUUCCUCAGUGGUUUCACAAAAAGAAGAAACAGAAGAGGAAAUUCUAAACAAAAUCGAAACUGAAGCAAUGGAUGUUGGUGGAGGAGAAAAUUUGGAUUCUCACGCCGAAGAUAGUAUUUUAAAUGAAGAAGAGGAGCACCGGCAAACGGAUAAAAAUGAAGAGCACCAGCAAACAGAUAAAGAAGAAGAGCAUCAGCAAAUGGACAAAGAAGAAGAGCACCAGCAAACGGACAAAGACGAAGACAACAUUGUCCUUAAUAGUAUCGACGAUGAUUACGAAAACAGUGCCGAUAGAGAAUUCAAGAGUUUAUACGAAGAAGACUGCAAUGAAACACCUAAAGUUGAUCAAAUGGAGGUCGAUCAGAUAGAAGAACCUGUUGUAGAUAAAGUAAAAGAAAAUGAACCUUCCACUAGCAAUGGUCCUGACAAUAAAACUCAAAUUAAUGAGGAGCCUGAAAAAGCAAUCCAAAAACCACUCGAACCCACAGUACCAAUGCCCAUAAAAGAAGAGCCUGAUGAUGAAGAAGAAGAAUCCAAAGUACCAGAUGUCCCAGACGAAACUCCAACUGACAAAUCCCCAGAAGACGAAGUUGAUCUUUUAGACAUUUCAAUGGUACGUGAAACGGAAGAAGACGACGCUUGCGCAAUAGCUGACGCCUUAGACGACAAAGAAACUCAAAGAUCAGACGAAGAUCAGAGCGAAAAAGCUGAAACGGAACAAGAUAAUAGUGAUGGUGAUGGAGCCACACAAGACGAUGAUGGAGUCACACAAGAAGAUGAUGGAGUUACACAAGAAGAUGAUGGAGUCACACAAGACGAUGAUGCACCUACACAAGACGAUGAUAAUACCGCAAACGGAUUUGCAGAUGAUAAUAACAUGGAGUGUGAUAAUGACAAAGAAGCUUCAAAAGAGAUUAUUAAAGAAGAAGAAGCAGAAACUAAGGAAAUAGUUGUUGAAGAAAAUGAUUUAGUUGUAGUUGAAGAUGACGCUGCGUUAGAUAAAACUGAUAUAAUUGAUCGAGACAAGGAAGCUGAUGAAGAAGAGGUGACAAUAGAUGAAGUUAAAGUAGGCGAUGAUAAAAGAAAAUCCAAACGCACCCUUUCAAUUAACGGAACAGACAAACCCAAUGCCAAAAAACCCAAAUUGCUUAAUAAUGAGAAACCAAUCCAAAAUCAAAAUGAACCAGUAGAAACUCAAAACAGGGAAACUUCUUUAGAAACACCGCUACCACCAAAAGAACCUGAGGAGAGUUACAAAGUUCAAACUCUAAAAACGUUUGCCGAAAUCAUGAAAUGCCAAACCCUCACAAACAAACUAACCAGGUCGAAUUUAGAAGAAAUUUGCCUUCAGAAAAUAUGCGAAGCUGUUGUGCUGAAAACCUCAAAUGGCCAACUACAUGAUACAAUCAGAAAACACGAAGAAGCUUUGGCAGCUUUCCGUAAAGACAUAAACCAAAUGAAUAAACAAUAUAGAGAUUUGGAUAUUGUGCACAAGAAACUUUUAGCGGAACUAAAAACUUUAAAAGAAGAAAAAAUUGCAAAGCCUUUGGUACCUUUAAAAAUUACUCGUUCAGUGGGACUUCAAGUGAGACUGACCCCUGGACAUGAUGCCAAUCAGACCAGAAACAGAAGACCGUCAACUGUUGUUCAACAAAAAGGAAUUUUAAGUCCUCUUGGUAGGCAAGUUGUCAAAAAAGUGGUACAACAACCAACACCUGCCAGACAAGUUGCGUCUCCUCAAAAACCCCUAGCAAAACCAGCUCCAGUAAACAGCGCCCCAAUGUUGAGUCAAGCCCUACAAAAAACCAGACCUAAACAAAUAAUUGCAAAGCGAACAACCAUUAGUCCGAUUAAAAAGCCUGCAGAAAUUGCCAAAAAGCCUCUUAAUCCUGGAGUUAUUGAUUUAACAGAUGAGGAUGACAAGAGAUCUGGUACCAAUGGGAUUAAGUUUAGAACGGUUCCAGCUAAUGCUAGAGUGGUUUCGAAUGGGAAUAAAGCACCUGUUGGCGGUGCUAAAUCGUCACCUACUCAGAACAAACCUGCCAAUAAACUACCGACGGCUCUACCACAAGGCUUAAGACUAACACCUUCAGGAAACAGCACAACCAGUUCACCUCAAAUGGUUUACGUAGUACCUACAAUCACCUCAAACGCAGGAGGCCAGCAAAAAGUUGCUUUUGUCAAUUUCCAACCUUCACUAUCUGGUACUCUUAAUGGUGCAGUUCUCAAUAAACCCGGACAAAGUCUUACAAUAAAAAACAUUGCAGCUACAAGUACAGUGAGUAGCUCUAGUAGAUCAAAACAUCCGGCCCCAUUGCCAGUUGCCAUCAGAGCAAACUCAGAUCCAAAUUUGAAGCUUACUCUACCUAAACCUUUACUAACAAUUAAAAAACUUGACAACGGCAUAAUUUUACAAUGGAAAAUGCCUUAUAACUUGGAUUUAUAUGAAAAAAUUGCCAGUUAUCAGUUAUAUGCGUAUCAAGAGAGUACAGCAUUGCCUAGUUCUGAAAUGUGGCGGAAAGUUGGGGAUGUUAAAGCAUUAGCUUUGCCUAUGGCAUGUACAUUGACGCAAUUCGCUGAUAAAAAUAAGUAUUAUUUCGCUGUGAGGGCGGUGGACGUGUACACGAGAAUUGGGGCGUUUAGUGAUCCUGAAGAGAUUUCCUUAUAAAAGACUGUAUGUGAAUUGUUGUAUAUAUGAAAAGAGAAUUUUGUUUUCUUAGGUGAUAUAAUCAAGUUAGAAGACUUUUAUGUUUAAUUAUUUUUUGGGCCUUAUCAAGUUCAUAAACAUUGUCUAAUUAAGUUAUAAGAUUAUUUUAAUUUUGAUAUUUUUUGGCCCUUAUUUGUUCUAUAAACAUUAUAUGUCCUGUAUAUACCUAUUUAGAUUUUAACGAUUGGUAUCAUUGAUUCAUUAGUUACUAAGUGUGAUUAUUUUCGAAUUA